AAAUCCCGUUUUCUAGAAAACCUAUUGCUUUUUUCUAGCUCUUUCUCUCUUCUAGAAAACGGGAUUUUUCAAAAAUCCCUAUCUCAAGACCCCGAGAUAUAGCAUAACUGUUCUUGAUCGAAAUAUAUAGAACUCGAUGUGCUCUUUCAUAUGAUACUAACUUCAAGGUUCUACAGUAGAGAAUGUGGUCAGCAGACGUUCGAAAGAGCGAGUAAAUUGAGCUCUUGUUCUAGGUUGAGUAUCAUUAGCUUCAAUAAAACCAUUGUAACCAAUAGUGCAAGUGUAAUGUCUCUAAGGAUAAGACGAAGACUUCUUCUAUCUUUUUUAUUUAUUUAUUUCUCUCUUGUUAUGUUUUAUGUUCUUAUGUUCACAUGUGUGUGUUUCUGUAUAUAGUGCUAAAGUGGGUUUUUAACCCUUUGUACUCAGAUUUAUACUUUCCUUUUAAUAAAGGUUCAAAUCAAAGCUGCAUCGAACUAUAUAUAACUUUUUCCUUCUAACUAGUUUCAUUCUGAGAAAAAUACGAAAAACACAUCGCAAUCGGUUCGCGGAGCUAUUGGUCAAAGCUAAUCAAUUUUUUCACAGAUAUGAAGUCCGAAGGGCAACCAGGAGUCUGGAACACCAUAAAAUCACAUGUUCUUUCAUUCUAGACACCUUUUGUAUCCGUGUGAAUCCGCAUGGAUCCUGGAUCCACUUUUCCUUCUUGAAUAUUUAGCUGCAGUGUCCCAACUAAAGCUUGAGAAAUAAAUAUCAUUUUCAACUGCUUCUUUUGUCUUUACAAUAAAACCGACUGUAAAACAUAUUUAUUAGUAGAGUUCUACGUUUACCCUCCUCCAGAGAUUUUGUGUUGAGGACCUAUUAUACAUUUAACUGCGCUAAACUCAUUUAAAUGAUAUACUGUUUAGCCACGUCCAUUAGCCAUUUAUUUACAUGAUGAUAAAAGUGUAUAUUCUAGCCUGUUCUGUUCCGAAGUUUUAUCGGAAAUAUUUAUCAUCGAUUAUUUAGCCACUAAUUAUUUAUUUUGGCCAUGCGAUGUUACACUUGAUUCUAAUUACAAAAAAUUAUUAAAUUUAUUAAAUAAUCACAUUGGUACAUUUAUAUCAAGAAAAGUAUCCAGCGUAAAUUCGGAGCAGUUUCCGUUGUUAAUAUGCUUAACAUUUGAACAAGGUCAAAUAAACGUAACGAAUAUCAUUCCUGGCUAUGAAUCAAAAGAAAGUGUUUUUAGUACACUUUUUGAUUCAAGAGAAUUAUUCAAUAAUCGACAAGAAAUUGUGAUUUACAAAGAAGUUCGCGAUUGUGCAUCACUCUGUGCUCAUUUGAGCAAAAACCAAAUAGAUGUAGUCGGCGAAGAAAAUAAUUCGAGUAACGAUGACUUUCCUGAAUAUUGGUAUCCAAUAGUCGGAAACAACACAUCAUUCCGUUUUGAAGUGUCUGAGCUAACAACUGAAUAUCAUAAGAUUUUAAGUCAAUUUUAUCAGACAGUUAACUCUGUCAGAUUAAUUUCAAUUGAUCGCGUUGAACGAAUUCAAAACUUGACAUGGUUUAAGGAAUACUUAACAUUUAAAUACGAAUUUGAUUUGAGACUAAAAAGAGAAACAGAGCAACGAUUGUUUCAUGGUUGUAAUUCGUAUGGUCGAGGCUUUUAUUUUUCAUCGACUGCGAAAUACAGUAAACGCUAUUCAAUACCUGAUUUGAACGGUGAACGAUUUAUGUUUAUAUGUCGUGUGUUAAUCGGUAACAGUUGUUUAGGUAACAGUAGUAUGACAGUUUGUCCGCCUGAUUAUGAUUCAACAACAAAUGGAAGCAAUAUUUUCGUGACGUACAAUAAUAAACAAAUUUAUCCAGAAUAUUUAAUUACUUUUAAAUAG